AUGGUUGAGUAUUAUUCAUUACCUUCAAUGACCCAAUUUUUGAAAUCAAACCCCUACACGUUCGCCUUUGCCAUCGUUCUAUUGCCUGCUCUAUCCAUUCUAAUACACGACUUUCUCCUCUAUCUCCGUUUACCACCAGGCCCUACACCAUUGCCAUUUCUAGGGAACAAAUUAAUCAUCCCAACUGCUUCUCCGUGGAUUCAAUUCGAGAAAUGGUCGCGCAUCUACGGCCCUAUAUUCACUCUUUGGAUCGGGCGACGACCGACAAUCAUAAUAUCCGACCCCAAUGUCGCCGUCGACCUUCUCGAAAAGCGCAGCAUAAAGUUCAGCUCUCGACCAAGGUUCGUGGUCAUGGGAGAGCUUUACUGGGAUAAUGCAGGGAUUCUGGUCCAGCCCUAUGGUAAAGAAUGGCAAACACGUCGGCGAAUGCUGCACCAGGCCCUUAAUCCUUCCGCACUUCGCCUAUACAAGCCUGUUCAAGAAGCAGAAGCUGCAAGACUAUGUUUCACUAUCCUUGAGGACCAAAAGUCUUACGAGGGGCUCAUCGACCGUUUCACAGCAAGUGUGGUGUUUAGCAUCGCUUACGGACAUAGGAUUGACUCCAUGAAAUCUGAUAUAAUUCGGCAAAGACUGGACUAUAUGCAAUAUUCGGCCUCGUUGAACGUCCCGGGUAAAUUUCUAGCCGAAUCGAUCCCCUGGCUGAAGUAUAUACCGAAUAUUCUCGCCCCAUGGAAAGCGGAAAUACAGCGUCGCGGCCGUGGGGAAGCAGCAAUGAAUCUGAAUCUACUGCGACGGGUCAAAGAUGAGAUUCGAAACGCAGCACCUUCCACUGCAGUGCCUAACUCAUUGACUAAAUUGCUCCUCGAAGCACAAGAAUCGGAUCCUGCAGCAUUUGGCUCACUCAGUGAGAGGGACUUUUCUUUUGUACCUGCAUCACUAUUUGGCGCUGGAAGCGAUACGACGGCCAGUACUCUCUGCAGUGCCAUACUGAUGCUUGUCACAAAUCCCGAGGCGCAGGCAGCAGCCCAUGCAGAAUUGGACUUUGUUAUUGGGAAAUCGCGUCUGCCAAACUUUGCCGAUGAAGCCAAUUUACCAUACAUCAAAGCACUUUGCAACGAGACACUUCGAAUUCGUCCAGUCGCCGUUUUGGGUGGCACGCCGCAUGCUAACUCGGUUGCGGAUACUUACAAUGGCUAUUUCAUCCCGAGUGGUACAACAAUUCUAUCGAAUUCAUGGGCUAUCAAUCUGAAUCCAUCGUAUUACCCCAAUCCGCACCAUUUUAACCCUUUACGCUUUCUUGGGGUGGAUCCGACAACACUCUCAUAUCUUCCUCGCUUUUCUCAAGAUGAUUUUGCAGAGGCUUCUCCUCCAAAUAAUCAUCCAGCAAAAGAGGGCCAUAGCUCUUUCGGCUGGGGGAGGCGGAUUUGUCCUGGGGCUGGACUGGCUCAAAAUUCCUUAUUUAUUGCUCUAGCGAGGCUCUUGUGGACUUUCAAAUUCAAACCAGUCUUGGAGAAGGAUGGUUCACCGCGUCAGUAUGAUACAUUUGCGUACACGCAAGGGUUUAACAUUAGGCCGCGUCCAUUUGAAUGUGACAUCCGUUUGAGAAGUGAGGAAUGCCGAGAAGUGCUGAUGAUAGAAAAGGGAAGAGCGGAAGGUAUUCUGAGUCCCUUCACUCCAUUUGAAGAACAGGCACUCUCUCCCAAUUGA